CAGGCUGCUGGAUGAGCCGCUCAGCUUUCAGUGACUUCAGAAAACUGUUUGCAUACCAAUCUCCCCUCAACACUGCAUGCUUGUCCAAAUUGGGAUCGCAGAUCUCGGAGCGGUGGAUUUUAUUAGUUGGACGCUGCUGGGCACAAUUCACCUAAGUGGACAUCCCAACUGAUCGGCAUUUUUUAGUUGUUUUAUUUGAAUAGCAUACUUACCUCCAGCUGUCCUAAGCUUCUCAAAUCGGCUGUUUAGUGACAUUUUCGCAGGGAAACAGCUUGUCACAGCCAGAGGUUUCAGCACUGAGCUGCGCUUUGAGCCCAUGAAAACGGGAGAGGAGAGAGAACCAAGAGAAGUCAUCAGCUUCACCUGAACAAAGAAGAAGCACAAGCAGAUACACAUGGGGCAGGGAGAGGCUUCAGCACGAGGGACAACCAUGGAGGGGGACUGUCUCAGCUGCAUCAAGUACCUCAUGUUUGUCUUCAAUUUCCUAAUCUUUCUGGGGGGCUCUUUCCUCCUGGGAGUGGGAGUGUGGGUGCUGGUGGACCCCACAGGGUUCAGGGAAAUUGUGGCAGCCAACCCCCUGCUAUUCACUGGUGUCUACAUCAUCCUGGGCAUGGGAGGCAUGCUCUUCCUUCUGGGCUUCCUGGGCUGCUGUGGAGCCAUCCGCGAAAACAAGUGUCUGCUCCUCUUUUUCUUUAUGCUCAUCCUCCUCAUCUUCUUAGCAGAGCUGGCUGCUGCCAUCCUGGCCUUCAUAUUUCGGGAGCAUCUGACCAGAGAGUACUUCACCAAGGAGCUGAAGAGCCAUUAUCAGGGCUACAACAACACUGACGUCUUCACCUCCACAUGGAAUGCCAUCAUGACGACAUUUGACUGCUGUGGGGUGAACAGCCCAGAGGAUUUUAAGGACAGCCUGUUCAGGCUGAUCAACCAAAAUCAUAUGGUGCCAGAAGCCUGCUGCCAACGUGCCAGUCAGACCGGGGAGUUGGCCUAUAUCAGCCAGGAGCAGUGCUUAUCAGGCAAUAUGAUGUUCCGCAAUAACAAGGGCUGUUACUCCGCAGUAGUCGACUACUUUGAACUGUACAUCUAUGUGGCUGGAGCGCUGGCCAUUGUGGUGCUGACCAUUGAGCUCUUUGCCAUGGUCUUUGCAAUGUGUCUCUUCAGGGGAAUCCAGUAGAGCUGCUCCAUCUGUGACCUUCUUUUUUUAAAAAAAAAAAAAAAAGGAAUUCAGGAGAAAAGAGCAAAAUGGACACUUGUAAAUUUGUUGAUCUCUUUUUCUAUUGGCUAAUUGGUAGAAAAACAAACUCUUGUACUUCACAGCUGGACUUUUGAGGUACUGGGUGGCAAAAAAAACCCACAUACACACACACAUAAACCAUAGAGAAAGUGGGAGAUCAGAGACAAAACUGAUGUAAAAAGAUUUGUGUGUAAAGUGGAAACAGUCAUUUUUUGACCAGGUCUAGCACAGACUGGGUGUAAAGUGGACCAGGCAUGAGGACCGGGUGAAGCCUGAGCAGAAGGCACUGCACUGACUUUUGGAUGAAGAAUAUUUAUAUUAAGUAAAGUUGGCUUAACUGUAAAAAAAAUGUUUGAUGUACACUUUGGCUGUUACCCAUUUCCCUUUCAUACUGUAUACUGUAACACACUCCCUCCCUCCCUCCAUAUGCCUUUUUUUACAGCCACUCUUCUUUAAUGCUGUAUUAUAUAAGCUCUGUGACUCUGUGCGUGCGUGUGUGUGUGUGUGUGUGUACAUACUGGAUGCCCUUUUUGAAUGUGUAUGAACUAGUUUAUGAGCAUGUGAGUUUGUGGCUCUUAAUGACCCCUCCCAAGCUUGAACGCCAACCUCUGAUUCUUUUUCUAUUUGUAUGGUGAUGUUUAUUGCAGUAGUGGUCAUAUGUGGUUUUAGGUGGUGAAAUGUAUGUAUAUGCAUUUGUAUUAGGUUCUUGAAAAAUCAAUGACAUAAAUGGCAUUCUAAAUGAC